UGCCCCUGGGACCAGUUAACAGGAUGAAAACUCGCUCAUUUUAAUGCUGCAGACUGAAUGUUUGAUUUUCUAUUCUAUUCUACUUUUCAGACUAUAUUUUCUGUGAGUCCUGAUCCAGUGACACAAAUGUGCUGCAAUGGUGACAUAAACUAUUGACUGAGACUGGAAGUAUCCAAAACACCACCUUUUCUUCUUUCAUUUUGUUUAUGGUGCUUCUGUUGGAACGGCCUGAGCAAAGUAUAUACAACAUGAGUUUUAUCCUGAAGCUGCACAGACACUUUCAAAGGACGGUUCUUCUGCUUGCCACAUUCUGUAUGGUGAGCAUUAUUAUUUCUGCGUACUACCUGUACAGUGGCUACAAGCAGGAAAGUGAGCUGUCUGAGAUGGCUGCAGAAGUAGACUGCGGGGACUUCCAGCACUUACCAUAUAGGCUAAUGGAAGUGAAGACAGGGAAGCUCUCGGAUGCCUCGAGGACAGACCCCACUGUGCUGGUGUUUGUGGAAAGCCAGUACUCGUCACUUGGUCAAGACAUCAUUAUGAUUCUAGAAUCCAGUCGAUUCCAGUAUCACAUUGAAAUUGCUCCCGGAAAAGGGGAUCUCCCAGCACUUAUAGAAAAAACUAGAGGCAAAUAUAUUCUCAUUAUUUACGAGAAUAUUUUAAAGUAUAUAAAUAUGGACUCUUGGAAUCGAAGCCUUUUGGAUAAAUACUGUGCCGAAUAUGGGGUAGGCGUCAUUGGAUUCCACAAAACCAGUGAGAAGAGCCUACAGAGCUUUCAGCUGAAAGGUUUCCCUUUUUCUCUCUAUGGAAACCUUGCUGUGAAAGGCUGUUGUAUUAAUCCUCAUUCUCCGUUGCUUCAUGUGACCAAAUCUUCUAAGCUUGAAAAAGGUUCUUUACCGGGAAGUGACUGGACAGUUUUCCAGGUUAAUCACUCAGCCUACCAACCAGUAAUAUUUGCCAAAGUAAAGACCCCAGAAAACCUUUCUCCUCCCAUCUCUAAAGGUGCUUUUUAUGCCACCGUUGUACAUGACCUGGGGCUCCAUGAUGGAAUUCAAAGAGUUCUUUUUGGCAACAACUUGAACUUUUGGCUGCACAAGCUCAUCUUCAUAGAUGCUGUUUCCUUCUUGUCAGGGAAGAGGCUGACAUUGUCCUUGGACAGGUACAUACUUGUGGAUAUUGAUGAUAUCUUUGUGGGAAAGGAAGGUACAAGAAUGAACACCAAUGACGUGAAGGCCCUGCUUGAUACUCAGAAUCUUUUGCGUGCACAAAUCACAAAUUUUACGUUCAACCUGGGAUUUUCAGGGAAAUUUUACCAUACAGGAACUGAAGAGGAAGAUGAAGGGGAUGACCAUCUGUUGGGAUCUGUGGAUGAGUUCUGGUGGUUUCCACACAUGUGGAGCCACAUGCAGCCCCACCUCUUCCAUAAUGAGUCAUCUUUGGUGGAGCAGAUGAUUCUCAACAAAAAAUUCGCCUUAGAGCACGGCAUUCCUACUGACAUGGGUUACGCAGUGGCCCCUCACCAUUCAGGUGUCUACCCUGUGCAUGUUCAGCUAUACGAGGCCUGGAAGAAGGUUUGGAAUAUUAGAAUCACCAGCACUGAAGAAUAUCCACACCUGAAACCAGCCAGAUACCGGAGGGGCUUCAUCCACAAAAACAUUAUGGUUCUUCCAAGACAAACCUGUGGGCUUUUCACUCACACAAUUUUCUACAAAGAAUAUCCAGGAGGUCCAAAAGAGCUGGAUAAGAGUAUCCAAGGAGGUGAACUUUUCUUCACUGUGGUCCUCAACCCAAUCAGCAUUUUCAUGACCCAUUUGUCCAACUAUGGAAAUGACCGACUGGGAUUGUAUACCUUUGUGAAUCUGGCCAACUUCGUGCAGAGCUGGACCAACUUGCGACUUCAGACUCUGCCUCCAGUGCAGCUGGCUCACAAAUAUUUUGAGCUCUUUCCUGAUCAAAAAGACCCUCUCUGGCAGAAUCCCUGUGAUGACAAACGCCACAGAGACAUUUGGUCUAAAGAAAAAACCUGCGAUCGCUUACCAAAAUUCUUGGUAAUAGGACCCCAGAAAACUGGAACCACUGCUUUGUAUUUGUUCCUGGUUAUGCAUCCUUCCAUCCUUAGUAACUCCCCCAGCCCAAAAACCUUUGAGGAGGUACAGUUCUUUAAUAGAAAUAACUACCACAGGGGGAUUGAUUGGUAUAUGGAUUUCUUCCCUGUCCCAUCUAAUGUUACUACUGACUUUCUGUUCGAGAAGAGUGCCAAUUACUUCCACUCAGAGGAAGCUCCUAAAAGAGCAGCUUCUCUGGUCCCCAAAGCCAAGAUCAUCACCAUUCUCAUUGACCCAUCAGACCGAGCAUAUUCCUGGUACCAGCAUCAGCGAUCACAUGAAGACCCCGCAGCUCUGAAGUUCAGCUUCUACGAAGUGAUCUCAGCCGGGCCCCGUGCACCCUCCGAGCUUAGAGCCUUGCAGAAGAGAUGCUUGGUCCCAGGGUGGUAUGCCAGCCACAUCGAGAGAUGGCUUGUUUAUUUCCCUCCCUUUCAGUUGCUAAUUAUCGAUGGACAACAGCUAAGAACAGAUCCUGCUACUGUGAUGGAUGAAGUCCAGAAGUUUCUAGGCGUUUCUCCUCAUUAUAAUUACUCAGAAGCUUUAACGUUUGAUUCUCAUAAAGGUUUCUGGUGUCAGUUACUGGAAGAAGGUAAAACAAAAUGCCUUGGAAAGAGCAAAGGAAGAAAAUACCCUCCAAUGGAUCCUGAUAGCAGAGCAUUUCUGUCCAGCUACUAUCGUGAUCACAACGUGGAACUCUCCAAGCUGCUGUACAAACUGGGGCAUCCUCUGCCGGCCUGGCUGAGACAGGAGCUGCAGAAAGUGAGAUAGCACUGAGAGGAAACUUCUCGAGACUCGGCCCUCAUUGUAAUGCUCACCUCUCCCAAAGCUUCCAGAAGCUACCAAAAGGCUGUGUAAAAAAAUAUACCUCUUCAAAUGAGAAAAAACAAAAAAAAAAGAACAAAGUUCCUUCCAUGUGCUGGCACUUGGAUGAUUAGAAACAAAAAAGAGAAAGUUACAAGCCUUGAGGCCCAGGUCCUUUCUCUUAACUGGUGUCUGAGCCUGUGGGAUUAUUACAGACUACUGUGCACUCAUGUGGAAAUCAAUAGCAACCAGUAUAAAUAUCAAACACAGAUGCAGAACUGUUCCAUUUCGUAGUAAUAUUUACACUUUUAUGUAUCAACUAAGAUUGUGUCUCUGUAGAUUUUUAGACCGCUGUUUGCCUGUACGAUGUUUUCUUAUUCUUUGAUUCUAUAAAGUGUCCUACAAAAAAGCAAAGUAAGCAUCACAAUGUAGCAUAAAACGCCAAAGCGUAAUACUCAUCAAAAAUGCUUGCCAAAAUAUAAAUUCACUGAAGUAUUUAGAAAGAAUUGUCAAUUACAAUUUGUGCUAGAGCAGACUGGAAAAGUUA